UUUAUUUAUUUUUCUAUUAUGCAAAAUAAAAUAAAAUAAAAUAAAUAAAAUCAAUAAAAUAAAAUAAUUAAUUUAUUAUUUAAUUAAUAAAUUUUUUUUCUGCAAAAUGUCAGCUAAUGUGAUGAAGACCCAGCAGGCCCCGGACAAGACAUCAUUGUCGUCAUCAUCUUCCACCACGUCGUCAACAUCGUCGCUGCUAAGGAGAGGAUCACAGACGAAAAGAAUUUUGAAAGAAAAAGUUGUUCAGAUAUAUGGGCUGUUCUUCAGGAAUGAGGACCCAUCACAAGGCAAUCCAAAUUUCUGGGAUGAAUUAUUUCUGUUGAAGGCCAACCCCCAGUUUAUUGAAAGUGAGAUUGAAAAGUUAUCAGGAGAACAGCUGAUUGACUUGAUGCUGAUGUUGAACAAGUUAUUUCAAAAGUCGGUUGAAGCCAGCUUACAAGACAAUCACAUAAGGAUAAAUAAUGCUUUCCAAACGAUAUGUUCAUUGACACGGGGAGUCCUAACGAAAUGUUCGUCGUCAUCAUCGACUGGUUUCGAUCUCAUCAACAUCCUCAUUGGCUUCGAGUCAGCUGAAGUCGUUAUGAAGAAUCUGGUGGAGAGAUUGAACACCAUCUUAACGUGCGACUUCCCCCACCACCUGAAAUCAUUAUCACUGGCCGUUCUUAUGACGUUUGUUACUGGCACAGACAACGUCAGCCAAAACACACUUCUUGAGUACUUGAUGAUGAACAGUCUAUUUGAAGCCAUCGUUAAGCUGAUCGCCCACGCAUCCUCAAGACAUCACCAUGGCAACGACGCCGUUCAACUCCUGUCACUACUCGUGCAAUACAGGAAGAAUGAGUUAAUCAACCCGUACAUAGUUAAGUUGUCCAUUCUUGACGACGAGAUGGCACUGACUGGUCUGGCGCAAAUUGUAUCUACAAGUCUGUCCAAGUACAAUAAUCAGUACCAGCAGAAGAUGUUGGAUGCGGAGACCAGUGGUUUCUUUGCUACCAUUUCAAAUCUGGUGGGAAACAUGUUUGUAGGUGAGGAGACGAAGACUGAGGCUAUCAAGGCCAACAGCAGCGUCCUCUUAGCCCUGUACGAGGCCAUUCACCUCAAUAGAAAUUUCAUCACCACACUGGCACAUUCCCACACCCACUCACUUCCGUCAACUCCGACUGCUGACCAAUCAUGUUCAACGAGUGACCUCGACUCGCCUGCGGUGAUCAACACAUCAGCCAGAAUCAUCGGCACGAACAACAACAUGACGACGACGACAUCAGCGAUGACGUCAUCGUCAACAACGACAACAACAACAGCGAACGAUGACGACAAUAACCCGCCAACAAAUCUACUGGCUACGUUUCUCGAGUAUUCUUCUAUCAUUUGUCAGGACAUCAAGGAUACGGCACGUUACAACAGCACUAAACUCUGCUUCAUAAUCAUCACUUGCAUUGCUGAGGACCAGUAUGCCAACUCCCUAUUACACGACAACAACAUGAACUUCAGGGUCAUGCUGCAUAGAGCACCAAUGAGGCACCGCCGACCAAUCGCCACGAGGAAGUCAGCAUCUAGGCCGCUGGUCUGCGCCCUGAUUGACCUGAUGGUAGAAUUUAUAAUCAGUCAUCUCAUGAAGAAUUUUCCUAUCGAAUUACAUCUAAGAUGUCUCGGCAUCAUACAUCGCAUCAUAUGCUACCAGAAGAAAUGCCGCAUACGACUGAACUGCCAGUGGAGGGAAUUGUGGAGUGCACUCAUAAACCUGCUGAAGUUCAUACUGACCAAUGAGUCUACACUGGUAAAGAAAUGCGACCUAUUUCAUCUGGCUACCAAGAUCGUCAACAUUUUCAACUUAUUCAUAACGUACGGCGACACGUUCCUAAAUGACCCCAACAACUACGACGAACUCUACUACGAGAUAAUUAGGACCCACCAAAUAUUUGAUAAUCUAUACUCAUUAAACUUGCGAUACAGCUCCCAAGAAGAUAACUCGUACAAGGACAACCACCACGUCUCAUCUCUCACUGAAAAUGAGGUCUUGGAUAUAGUGCGCAACAACUAUGACUCACUGACUCUGAAGAUGCAUGAUAGUCUAGAUCAAUAUGAGCGGUACUCAGAGAAACCUAAGGACAUUACUAACUUCUUCAUGACGAUUGUCAGGGACAUUGCGUCUGACCUGAGGAGGUCAACCAGUGAGUACUUCAACAACACUGCAAAGGCCAAAAAUCACGAUACCGUCAGUAGUGGUAAUAAUAAUAAUAAUAAUAAUAAUAAUAACAUUAAUUGUGUGUUUGUCGUUGAAACCUCUGAGGCAAACGCAAAAGAGAGAGAGUAACCUUUAAUUAGGUAACUGAACAGCAUUCAAAGGUAAAUAUAUAACGAUCAAGAGCAUGGUGCAAGAAAUUAGAUACACCAGUCGGUUCGUAGAUUCUCGUAACAUUUUAUGGUCAAAUCAUUUUUUUUUAAUUUCUCGUGUACGGAAUAUCGAACAAAGAACAAUAAUCUUA